CCCAGCUGCUUUCAGACAACCCGCAGUCAGCUGGAAGUUUUCUGUUGCUGUAAGCAAAAAUGCCAGCAAGAUCCACGGCUCAGCUGGCGUGGCUCUGCAUUGUCACUGUGUCUGUGGUGAUCUAUCCAGCCCUGCUGCAGAAGCCUCCCAAAAGGAGAGCAAUCAACGGGAACGCACAGUCCAAGGCGAUAGGCUGCUGCAAUGAGAUCAAGGAGCUCAAGUUGCAAGUAGCCAACCUGAGCAGAAUGCUGCAGGAGCUGAGCAAGAAGCAGGAAAGCGACUGGGUGAACGUGGUGAUGCAGGUGAUGGAGCUGGAAGGGAACACCAAGCAGAUGGAGUCCCGUCUCAUCGAUGCUGAGAGCAAAUACUCCGAAAUGAACAACCAGAUAGAUAUCAUGCAACUCCAGGCAGCUCAGACGGUCACACAAACUUCAGCUGUAGAUGCUGUCUAUGACUGCUCCUCACUUUACCAGAGGAACUACCGGAUUUCUGGUGUUUACAAGUUACCUCCUGAUGAAUUUUUGGGGAGUCCAGACCUGGAGGUGUUCUGUGACAUGGAGACAGAUGGAGGUGGCUGGACUAUCAUCCAAAGACGUAAAGUUGGUUUGACUUCUUUCAAUAGGGACUGGAAACAGUACAGGGAUGGAUUUGGCAAUAUUCGAGGAGAUUUUUGGCUGGGAAAUGAAAAUAUCUACCGACUUUCCAGACGCCCCACUGUUCUGCGAGUGGAGUUGGAGGACUGGGAAGGUAACUUACGCUAUGCACAAUACAAGCAAUUCACCCUAAGCAAUGAAAUUAAUAGCUAUCGUCUUUUUGUGGGGAACUACACUGGCAACACAGGGCGUGAUUCCCUAAGGUACCACAACAACACGGCCUUCAGUACGAAGGAUAAGGACAAUGACAAGUGUGUGGAUGACUGUGCCCAAUUCCGUAAAGGUGGAUAUUGGUACAACUGCUGCACAGAUUCUAAUCUGAACGGGGUUUACUACCGCAAAGGAGAGCACACCAAGAACAUGGAUGGCAUUACCUGGUACGGGUGGCACGGAUCAACCUAUUCACUGAAGAGGGUCGAGAUGAAGAUCCGGCCAGAAGAUUUCAAACCAUAGAGGGAACCAAUAUUUGUACAGCUACAUGAUGCCCCUGCACGGAAGGUGGGCAAUGGACAGCUCAAAAUCAGCCAAAUAAUUGUUCAUUUCAUCUAAUAUGAAACACACUGGCUACAUACACACACAAACACUAAGGCACCACUAAACACCAGCCACAGCCACUAGUGUUAUCAGGGCUCAAACUUGUUUCCUUCUCUUAAGGCUCUUUUCAAAGGGAAAAACACUGUGUUAGAAUAGGUUAGAAUAGAACACACUUACAGCACCUCCAGAAAACCCUCUGGUGUGUUCUGACUAGCACUGUGACGAGUGGCUUGCCCGAGUACUAACGAGCUAGGCAGGGACUGAAAAAACAAGCCCCCUUGUUGCCUUUCCUUCAGUGUUCAGGGUAAGCAUUGCUGAGUAACUCCUUCCAAGAGGGACACGAAUCACAAACACGACAUUCAAACCAGAGAAAUCAAUCAAAAGUGCCCCUGAUGCAUCUUUCUUUAGCAUAAAUUGCCUUACAUUCCCACUGAGGAAAACACAAAGGUUAAAAAUUGUGGAUUGGUUAGUAUUGCUUAGGUUCUCUUCUGAAGUUUUACUGCCCUCUCCUGCUGCUGCCUCAAGUAAGUCCCCACAGAGGGCUGCACUCAGCACACAGCAACUCUGCAGGAAGGCUUUGUCCCGUAUGCUCUGCGAUGCUUAUUCCUAUCCACAGACAACAUAAAAGGCUCACAGACUAGAAAGUAACUUUCUGGGCUGCUACCAAAUUAUGUUCAGGUUAGAAUGUAAGUUUGCUCUAUGUCAGUAAGAGAGAAUCAUGAGCAAAACACUAGUAAACGCUAGAGAACCCCUAAGUGCCAGAAAUUCAAACAUUCUGGAAUGUUUUCUAGCCUACUGAGCUGAGGAACAUUAAAAUCCAUUCUGAAGACUAACCCAAUUACAAUUUACCUACAGAUGUUAUGCCAGAAAUCAGUAUGUUUCUCCCUUAUAUAACACUGUCAAAAAUAACAAUUACAAAACAGACUCCUCCUGUAGCCAUACCACUAUUUGAAUAGGUUGGAAAAGAUAGUUAUAGUUAAUAUAUCUAUUUUUAUUCACCUUAAAGAGAGUUUAAAUCUAAUUUAAAUUGUUGAGUCUUGUGUGAAAUGGGAGAUAGAGGUGUCUUGGGAAUUGCCUUACAUAUGUUUGACUGUUCAUACUGUAAAUUUCAACUGUGCGGAGCUAGAGUUGGAACUAAACUGUGGUCUAUUAAAUGGAUUUAUAAAGGCUUCUAAACUUCUA